AUGACGGUAAAAGAGCCCAUUCCGGCCGACGAAACAGUCACGUUCCAGCCAGACCCCGCGCCCACUGCCCCGCCAGACCUUCGCUUCGUGCACUACAACGAUGUUUACCAUGUUGACGCUUCGUCUGCUGAGCCUGUGGGUGGAAUUGCGAGGUUCCAGACGCUGGUAAACCAGUAUAGAAAUGGAGAGGAGUUUCGGGAUCAGUCGAAGCUUUUGACGUUCUUUUCGGGCGAUGCAUUUAAUCCGAGUUUGGAGAGCAGCGUAACGAAAGGGUCGCAUAUGGUGGCUAUCCUGAACGGAAUUGGGACUGAUGUCGCGUGUGUUGGGAACCAUGAUCUCGACUUUGGUAUAAAGCAAUACCGCCACCUGACUUCCCAAUGCACCUUCCCCUGGCUGCUCGCCAACGUCUUCGACCCCGCGCUCGGCCACAACGUGCCCCUCGGCAAUGCAGGGAAGACCGUCAUGCUUACCUCCUCGAACGGCGUAAAGGUUGGCGUUAUUGGGCUGGCGGAACGGGAAUGGUUAGAUACCAUAAACUCUCUUCCGCCAGAUAUCAUAUACAAGAGCGCGUCGGAGACUGCGAAGGAGCUGAUUCCAGAGCUGAGGAGACAGGGUGCCGAGAUCAUAGUGGCGGUGACGCACCAGCGCGAACCGAACGAUAACAAAUUGGCCGAGAAGUGCGGAGGCGGACUGAUUGAUAUCGUGCUAGGCGGACACGACCACUACUACGCGCACAGCUUCAUCAAUGGGGUUCACGUCCUACGCUCAGGCACCGACUUCAAGCAACUCUCAUACAUCGAGGCAUGGCGGAAGACAAGCGGUAGAGGCUGGGACUUCAAGAUAACGAGGAGGGAUGUUGUGAGCACAAUAGCACAAAACGAAGAUGCGGUGAAGACGGUGGAGAGGCUGACGCGCAAGUUGAGGGAGAAAUUAGACAAACCGAUCGGGUACACCGCAGCACCUCUUGAUGCUCGAUUUACGACGGUGCGGACCAAAGAGUCGAAUAUCGGAAACUUUGUCUGCGAUCUCAUGAGGUAUUACUAUUCGGCGGACUGUUGUAUCAUGGCCGCUGGCACGAUUCGUGGAGACCAGAUUUACCCGCCGGGCGUGCUACGGUUACGCGAUAUUGUGAACUGCUUCCCUUUCGAGGAUCCGGUGGUAGUGCUCAAGGUUACAGGCAAGCAGAUCUGGGAUGCACUGGAGAAUGGGGUGUCCAACUAUCCGGCGCUGGAAGGGCGGUUCCCGCAGGUCUCGAAUAUCCGCUUCGAAGUAGACUACUCGCAGCCUCCGAACUCACGUAUCCUCAGCGUGCAGAUCGGCGAAGAUCCCCUACACGAAAAGAAAGAGUACGUGCUCGCGACUAGGGGUUAUAUGGGCAGGGGCAAGGACGGCUACGCGUCAUUGCUCAUCGAAGAAGAAGGCGGCACCGCUAAAGAGAUCGUCGAUGAGGAAAACGGUGUGCUUAUCUCCACCAUCCUUCGCCAGUACUUCAUGUCCCUCAAGGUUCUCGGCAAAUGGAAGCGCUGGGGCCCGUCCAUGGACCGCGCCUUCUCCUCCAUCCAAACCUCCAUCGAACGCACGCAUGCCGUCUACCCGGCCUCGCCCACCACCAAAUCUCCCACUUCCCCCAAGUUCCCGCGCCACCCGCACAUCGUGCGGUUGCGGAAGCAGGAUACGGAGAGCCCCGCGACGAGCGAUUCAGAAGCCGACCCGGAUACGGAUGAGGAGGACCAUUAUGAUGAUAGUCGACCGAUACGGUUUAGCGAGAGGGAGCUGGAUGUGCUGAGGAGGGUUAUGCGGAAGUGGUGGAGGUUGGCCGGGUUGAAGGGGAGUCCCAGAUGUUGCGACGAGCUGGAGGAGGGAGAGUUUUCCGUAGAUUGGACGAAGGCGAUUGCACCGAGGGUAGAGGGAAGGAUUGAGGAGAUUAGAAGGACGUAG